AUGGCAGACAAUGCUCACGCCUCCCUUCGGUCGGCUAUGAUAAUCCUCAUAUAUGUUGUGAUAGUCUUACAGUGGAUUCAAUUAAACUAUUUGAUAUUCAAAAUUUACUAUUUGAAUGGUUUAUACUCACAAUACUCACAAAUAGAAAUUAAUUAUGAUUUAUUUUCGACAGCACUUUCGUCAUUUUAUGAUGUGAUAUUGCAAUCAUCAUCAAUAAAUUUUUGGUCUGUAUCACAACGUUGUAAAAAUGAACAUGUUUUACAUCAUAUGAAACAUUCAUUUUAUUUAAGAGAUUUAUUAAUAAAAUCUUUAUAUCAAAUAAAAGAAAUUAAAAUAUUAAAUGAUAACUCAUCUUAUAGAAAUAAUAAUGAAAUGAAUUAUAAUCCUACAAUAACAUACAAAUAUAUCAACAAUAUGAAUGAUAAUGAUAUCGAUAAAUUAUUGAAAAGUAUACAUUUUCAACCACAUCGAUCAGUUGAUGAUAAAAUCGAAACAAAUCGAUAUCUUUCGCAUGCAUUUCUCUUUGCUCCAUUAGAACAUUUACUUGAUGUUAUAGAAGAAAAUGAUAUUAAAACGUUUUGUGAAAUAUUAUUAGCCGCAAUGGCCGCUAAAAGUCGAUUAAAUACAGCGAUUAAAACAAGUUAUCCAAAUCUUGUAUCGAUUUCACUAGUUGAUUGGGCAGGAAUUGGUGGUGUUCGAUAUGUUACAAAUAUUAGUAAACAAGAACAAGAAGAGAUAAAUGAUAAACAAGAACAUGAACAAUUGGAAAAUGGUGAUAAUAAUGAUCAACCGCAAAAUCAUGCAUCAAAUUUAUAUUCUGUUCAAGAUAUGAAUACGGUUAAUGCUGAAUUAGCUAGAAAAUUGCAAACAAAUGACUCAGCAUUUACUUUAGGAGUUAAUGAUCAAGAAUUAUUAUAUUUACGUUUAGCUAUAGUGAGAAAAAAUGACGAUCUUGAUGUGUUAUUAAGAAAAAUGCAGGAUGCGGGUCAUGAAACAGAACAAUCGUUAAAAUACGUUGAAGUAACGGCCGAAAAAGUACGAGAAGGUAUUCGACAAGCUGAAAAAGAUUUACAAGAUGAAAAUCAACAAUUAUUAUAUCAAGAAGACAUCUUACGUCAAUUACCAAUUGUUGCCAAUCUUUUAAGUUGGUGGUUACCAUCACCGACACAGACAACAUCAACCUCCAUCAAUGAUAAAAAACAGCGUAUGCAACAACAGGCAAAUAUGCAUAAUGAACAAUCGGAAACAUUACCAAAUCAUAAUGAAAAUGAAGCAUCAUCUUCUUCAUCGGCUUCGUCAGUAUCGUCAACUCAUGAGAAAAAUUCAUAA